AUGGAUCAUCCAGAGCCGAUUUCUAAACGUCCUAUAGAAAUCCCACAAUGUCGUAAAGGUUUCAAUUUAGAUGAAGCAAAAAACUUUAUCGAUCAAAUUAUGGAAGUAUUUCGUAGUUUAGAUGAUAUGACAGAUCUACGUUCAAUGUAUGAAACUGGUAAACAACUAAGUCGAUCAUAUUUUGAUUGUCAUACGUAUCGUUUGGAAUUAGCUCAGUAUUUAACUAAUUGUGAUUAUCCUGCCUUUGCGUCGAAAAUGAUGAAAAAAUUGAAUAAUAUGGGUGUGUUCAAGAAUGAUGAUAUUUGGUUCUCUUCAUUUUAUUUCUAUAAUACAACAUGGAAUUUUUCUGAUAUUUGGCCGGAAUUUGCCACUGCUUUAGCAAUUGCUGGUCUACCAAAUCUACUUAAUUUAAAUAUUGGACAUCAACCAUAUUUAGAGAAUUUAAGUAGUAAAAAUGUAUAUUAUUUAAUUAAAGCUAGUUUAUCUAUCAUACAUAAUAUAGCUCGUGUUCCAGGUAAUACACAUUAUUUUGCAUCUGAAUCAGUUCGACAAGCGCUAUUACAUUUAGCUCAACGUGAAGAAGAAUUUCUACGCUGUGUUUCCACACUUUGUUUAGCACACAUUAUAACUGAGUCAGAAAUUCAUUUAAUUACUGACAUAUCAAAUGGUGGUAUUGAUUUGUUAAGAAUUUUAUUUGGCUAUGUCACAUCAGCUCGUGUUUCUGAGAAACGAAGAUGUCAUGGAUUCCAAGUGCUUGAAUUGUUAUCCUCUGUUGCCGCUUUAUCUGUUCUUGAUCCCGUUAAGGCGAAUUUAUUGUCAUCACCUGUUAAUGUGAAUUUGAUUGCUGGUACAAAUAAUAAUCAAAACACAGAGCAUAGUAUGACAUGUCUAAGUUUACUGAAAGAAUUAAUUGAAACUGCAUUACUUCCUAAUUCCAGUCCUGUUUCUGUUAGAGAAGCAGAAGAAGCAGUUCGUAUCUUAUGGAAUACAGUUUUUGAUUCAUCCAUUUGCACAGGAGUUUUACAGAUACAAUUAACAAGUUGGUUAAGUGACACUAUGGCAAAUCAUGCAGUUGCUUUACAAACUUAUAAAUCUCUUUCACGUGCAAUCGAAUCUAUUAAUUGGCAAUUGAAUACUUGUAUUUCGAAAAAUUCUAAAAAUGAACCUACAGAGUGUGGUCCUGUAUUAUUAUGUUUCUCACCAUCUAACCGUAUUGCUGUUAACCGAGUGGCUGAUCGUUUAAGAGAUGCUGGUAUUAUGCUUAAUAGUAUUCCUUUUGGUCCUGAAGUAAUACCAUCAGUAGAUGCUUCAGCAACUGGACUUACUAUGUGUGCGGCUAAUGCUACAAAUCAUGCUCAGUGGGUUGAAUCUAUUGAACAAGCCUCAGUUAUGAUCGCAUUUUUAAGUGAUUCAUUUCGCUUAAGUCCUGGUUGUCGAUGGGAAGUGGAACAUUUUUCUAGUUUUGAUACAAGCGUAUACUCAAAACCUAUUAUUCCUGUUAUACUGCAACCAAAAUUUAAGUUGACUGGUUGGCUGAAUCGUCUCAUUUCUCAACAUCCUAUUGAUUUCAAUGGUAAACGUGAUCCAGAAGCAAGCUAUGAUGCUUUAAUUAGCCAAGUAAAAGAAUUUUAUGGAGAGGCAAAGAAGCUGCGGAGGCUGCUGCAGCACAACAUCAGUUAUCCAUUGAUGCCAAAAAACACUUAA